AUGGAAGUGGAUGAAAUCUGUCAGGUUGAAGAGCAGUUUGAGUCACCCCUUACUGUAACUCGUGUGGAACGAAUAUGCCUAGCCUCAACUACAAAUACGUAUGAACAAAUAUCUGAUGACGAGAAUGAGGGAUCCGGGGAGGAUGACGAAAAAACAGAGCAGACGGAGAGAGAAAGAGGGGCAUCUCUCUCUAUCUCUCAAACCCCCAUCCUUCGAUUCCAGGAACUUAUUAGAGCUGUGAAUUGA